AUGCUAUCACCUCAAGCUGUCUCAGAUGCAGUACCUGAGAAGAAAAAGUCAACCCCCAUGAACCCUGCCAACACAAUCCGAAAGACACACGGCAGCAGCAGGGUCUCUCAGCAACCAUAUAGGGACAGGGUGAUUCAUUUACUGGUCCUGAAGACCUACAAGAAACCGGAGCUGCUUGCUCGACUCCAAAAAGAUGGUGUCAGUCAAAAAGACAAGAACUCCCUGGGAGCAAUUCUGCAACAGGUAGCCGAUCUAAAUCCCAAGGACCUCUUGUAUACCUUAAAAGAUUACGUUUUUAAAGAGCUUCAGAGGGACUGGCCUGGGUACAAUGAAAUAGAUAGACGAUCAUUGGAGUCAGUGCUCUCUAGAACUAAUCCAUCUCAGAAUGCUGCCAGCACCAGCUGUUCAGAAUCUCCAAUGUGUUCUAGCAGAGACGCAGUAUCUUCUCCUCAGAAACGUCCUUCAGAUUCAGAUUUUACUGAUCCAUUAAUGAAUAAAAAAGCCCAAAUAUCUCACUUGAUGAAUAGGGUACCGCCAACACUAAAUGGUCAUUUGAAUCCCACCAAUGAAAAAUCCACUGCAGGCCUCCCACUGCCCACUACAGCUGCCGCCAUCCCUGCCCCUCCACCGCUGCCUUCGACUCUUCUGCCUGUCUCACAUUCUCUCCAGAUUGUAAAUCCUAACUCCAAUUCCUCUAGCACUCCAGAAGGCUGGGGGAUUCAGGACCUGCCUGUCGACAGUUUUAGUGAGAAUGGUAAUAUCUAUGAAGACCAGCAAGACAAGUAUACCUCUAGGACUUCUCCAGAAACCUUACCCCCAGUUCAGAUCUUACUAAAGUGUCCAAAGCCUAUGGAAGAAAACCAUUUGAUGUCUCACAAAAAAUCUAAAAAGAGGUCUAAAAAACACAAGGAAAAAGACCAAAUCAAAAAGCAGGACAUUGAGACUGUCGAGGAAAAGGUGGACCUUAAGAGAGAAGAGGAAAUUGCCAAGCUGAGUGACUCCAGUCCGAAUUCCAGUGGAGGGGUUAAAGAGGGUUGCAUUGCCCCCACAGAACCGUCAACAAUUCAACUUCCAGAUUAUUUGAUAAAAUAUAUCGCUAUCAUCUCCUAUGAGCAACGCCAGAACUACAAGGAUGACUUCAAUGCUGAGUAUGACAAGUAUAGAGCUCUGCAUGCCAGGAUGGAGACUGUAGCUAGGAGAUUCAUCAAACUCGAUGUGCAGAGAAAGUGCCUCUCUCUGGGUUCAAAAGAGUAUCAGAAUGUUCAUGAAAAAGUCUUACAAGAAUAUAGUCCCAAUUACUACAAAGAAAAAUACAGAUGUCAAUAUCUUCAUAACAAGCUGGCUCACAUCAAUAGACUAAUAGGUGAAUUUGACCAACAGCAAGCAGAGUUGUGGCAUUAG